ACUUCCAUGGUUAUCUUUCCUUCAAUUAUAAUUUUGAAAGAUCUUUUAUCUGAUGCAGUCUAAUGGUUGGGGAGUGUUUCUCAGCAUUUUAUCUACAAUGAGAGAAGAGGUUGAUGAGCUUGUCAAGCUUUCUCUGAACCGACCAAUUCGUGUCUCUGCUGAUCCAUCUGCAAAACGUCCAUCAACUUUGACUGAAGAGCUAGUUAGGGUACACGGCAUGCGUGAAGUAAAUCAAGAAGCUGUUCUUCUUUCACUGUGCUCAAAGACCUUUACAUCCAAAGUGAUCAUUUUCAGAGGAACCAAGCAAACAGCACAUAGGUUGAAGAUUUUAUUUAAGAUGUCUGGCCUUCAAGCUGCUGAGCUUCAUGGGGAUCGUACUCAAGUCCACCGUCUUGAUGAUGGCAUAUCUCUGGUUGACUUAGCUUACCGGCGUGCAAAAGCAAAGGCUGUGAAGAAGGCAGUAGAUGCUGGCAAAAUGGUUAAGAAACCCAGAAAGAAAUCAAAGCACCCUUCGCAAAAAACUCAGUCAAGGACAGAGGAGAUGCGAGAGCUGUUCCAAGAUGACAUGAGUGAAAAGAAGAAGAAGAGCACAUUAAUAUAUUUCCUUUUCGUUUCUCUGAUCUGAGUUCGUGUUUCAACCUUCAAGCCCUUUAUUCUCCUACUAUGUUACAAGCGCAGGUAGAACAAUAGCAA